AUCCGGUGGCGGUGGCGGCGGAGAGAGCUAUGGCGGAGGCCGCGGCAUGGGCGACGGAGAUCCACCACCUUACGACGACUCAGACGACCUGCCCUUUUAGCGGGCGGCGCAAAGCCAGUUUCAGCCCUAAAGGAAUCGAAGAAAUAUGACAACAGAAUCCACCAGCAGGCCGGCCUAUGGACAACAGGGAGGCCGUCCACAAGGCGGCCCGGGGGGACGCCCCGGCGGAGGACCGGGUGGCCGUCCAGGCGGACGCCCCGGCGGGCGCCCACGAGGGCGAUUCGUGCCCAGGCGCAGGGUAUGCACCUUCUGCGUAGAGCACAUAAAGAUCAUCGACUACAAGGACAUCGACAAGAUUCGCCGGUUCGUAUCGGACCGGGCGAAGACAUGACGGCGCCGUACCGGUGUGUGCGCGAAGCACCAGCGGGCGCUCCGGAUAGCGAUACAUCGGGCGCGGCAUAUAGCGCUCAUCCCAUUUGUGGCACACCAUUCCUUCCCGACUAUACGUCGCUGAACAUUUGCCUCACUUUCGUCUUACAGGUCAGGAGUCUGCUCCAACGCUUGCAAAGCUUUUUUCCUGCUUGCGCCGCGGAGGGGGGUGGGUUUGCCCUUUGGAGGGGCGCUGAGGUGAUCCAUGGCCCCUUGCCGUGCUUAGCGGGCCUUCGGAAAUGCCGGGAAGCCGUGCGGACCGGGCUGCGGCUAUCCUCGUUCCGGAUCAGAGAGGGCGAGGACCGGAAACUUCCAUCCCUGAGGAGGAUAGCGAAGCCGCGACGUUCUGGUCCGUGGGAUCGGCGUCUUUCUUCCUGCUCCGAUAAGUCUUUGCGUGGUUGUGAUAUUCGUAUACGUUCUGGAAUUUUUUCCGGCCCUCCCAGGGUUUGGGCGGCAGCGUCAAUACCGUCGAAUUCACGAUGGUGA